AAAGUGGAAAAACAAAAUGUACAGUACGGGCUCGUACGGUAUCGAAGCUCGGUAGUUGGGAGAACACUAGAGAGAGACGGGGAAGCCAUUCAACCCAGCAUCCUCCAUCGGAGAACUCCAACACACCGCCGGCGUUUACACAUAUAACUCUUAUCAUUAUAUUGUUGCCGACGGAGCCAAUUUCUGUCGACAGUAGAAGUGGGACAGAGAUGUUGAUGUGGAGGGGGAGGAAGAAGAUGAAGCACUGCUUCAACUUCUUCUCUUGUUGACAAGUUUCAUGGCCUCUUCUCAGCAUCGUUGCGUUUUCGUUGGCAAUAUACCAUAUGAUGCCACUGAGGAACAGCUUAUAGAAAUCUGCAGAGAGGUUGGGCCUGUUGUUUCUUUCAGAUUAGUUAUUGAUAGAGAAACUGGCAAACCAAAAGGUUAUGGUUUCUGUGAGUAUAAGGAUGAAGAGACAGCAUUAAGCGCACGUCGUAAUCUACAAGGUUAUGAAAUAAAUGGUCGGCAGUUACGAGUUGAUUUUGCUGAAAAUGACAAAGGUUCUGACCGCAAUCGAGAACAGGGUCGUGGUGGAGUGGUAGUUUCAACUACUGUUGACCCUCAAAAACAAUUAGGAAGCCAUGGAGAAUCUGUUCAACAGCAGCCAAUUGGUCUCCAUUUAGCGAUUACAGCAGCAACUGUCAUGGCUGGAGCUCUAGGUGGAAUGCAAGCUGGUCUGCAAUCAAAUCAAAACGGUUUACAAAGUCAGUCAGCAGCUGCUAAUGAUCCCUUAACCCUUCAUCUUGCUAGAAUGUCAAGGAAUCAGCUGAAUGAAAUUAUGUCUGAUAUUAAGAAAAUGGCUACACAAAAUAAGGAGCAAGCUCGUGAUUUGUUGCUUGCAAGACCUCAGUUACUGAAAGCUAUUUUUCAGGCACAGAUAAUGCUAGGGAUGGUGACUCCACAAGUGCUGCAGAUGCCAAACAUCCGACAGGCUCCUGGCCAACCAAUGCAGCCUUCACUAAAAGAUAGCCACCAUGGUCAGCAGCCAUCAGUUGAAAUUCUCCCUGGCUUACCCCCUCUUGCACCGAAGGUGCUGUCUGGCAUGAUGCCUAAAUUGCCAGAAUCUCAGGUGUCUGCUGUGCUGCAAACUUCUUUGGCCCACAACCAAUUUUCUGCAGCAUUACAGUCAUCUGUGAAUCCUCGAGUACAGCAUUCAAAACUUUCCAGCAACUGUGUUCUGUCUCCAGCUGCUUUGCCUACACAAUCAGGAGUUCCAAUACUUCCUUCCAUAAAUCCCUCUCUCAGACCUCAAGUUCAGGCUACUAAUUUGUCAUCGCUGAACCAGCAAAUUCAGCCUAAGUUGGCCCAAAACUCUGGACACCUUGUAGCUGCUAGUUUAGGCCAUAACUCUCAGGCACUCCCAAAUGCAGCUAUGCAGUCUUCUUUUAUACCUCAUCCAUCAGUAUCUGAUGCUGGGUUUCAGGUACAUGGGCUGCUUUGUGGUGGUGAUCUUAUCAUUCCCUCCCUGCCAGGCCCCUGUUGUCCCCCUUUUUUUUGGCCAUGGUCCCCUCCUGGCACCUCAAGAACAUCAGGCCUUGGAGAGAAAUCAAGCAGGGUUCAUGAUUCUUUGGAAGCAAUAAAUUGGCCUUCAAAACUGGCAGGAUUGGAAGAUGGAAGGGGCAGUAAUUUCUCAAUAGGGACUUCUGGUGCAUCUAAUCUACCUGGACCAUCCCAUCCAUUUGCUGUUGAUCCAAGACCUGUAACCAAAGUUAAUAGACCAGAAGUAUUGCAGCAGGCCAAUGACCAAAUUUCACAGCCACAGCUUCCCCCCGGCAUGGAAUCUGUCCUACUCCAGCAAGUGUUGAACCUAACUCCAGAGCAACUGAGUUCACUGCCACCAGAACAACGUCAACAGGUCAUUCAACUCCAACAGGCCCUCCACAAGGAUCAAAUGCAGCCGUCAUAGAAGUGCUGUCUCCAGGUUUUUUAAUCACUGGAGGGAGAAAGGUUUUCUGUUAACUUAUUUUAAUCUCAACGCUUGUAAAAUGAUAUAUCACGGCCACAUCUGAUUUAUUAUGCAAGAGCAUCAUACCAUUAAUGUAACAUUUAGAAGCCUAUUUUUAGAAUACAUGAAAGAAUCAUUGAGAGGAAUAGGAAAAUGAAAAAUUUGCAUCAUCUUCUUGUUAUUCUGCCUCCCAAGACUCAAAUCUUUUGUCACUUGCAUACAAUUUGCUUUAAGUUUUUAGCCAGAACAGAAAAGAUUGCUUGCUUGGGUUGCCUUUAAUCUGUUUCAA